AUGGCACCUAAGAUGAAGAAGCCAGCAGCAGCCGAAGAUGCACCCUUGCCAAAGGGUACCGAAGCCAAGAAGCGACCAAGCGGUUCGCCCUCGGAAGAGGGCUUGGAGCCCUUGAGAAAGAAGGCCUCCUUGGCAAAGGGGGCAGGCCUCACCGAUGAGAAGCUGCAAGCCCUCAAGGAGAUGUCCCUCAAGGAGAAGGUCGCCGCCAUUGCUGCCGAGAAUCCCGAGGAUGUCGAGGCAGCCACAGAGGCCUUGGGACAGGUCGUCACCCCCGCCGAGAAGCAGGGCCUGUGGCAGAAGCACAAGACCUACCUCAACAACAACCCCUCGGAAAAGGGUGAGCACGAGCAGCUGAGCAAGAAAGAAAAGGGCGAGGCCAUCUUGUCCUGGUUCUUGCGAAAGAGCCCAACCUAUGCUGUUGAGAAACACAGCCGCGAGGCAAAGAGUACCCUUGAGAGAAAGGACAAGUGGCUCUCGCAGAAGCAGGUCGAUGGCAAAUGGACCGAGGCGGAGCAGGGCAUGCUCAUCGAGUCCGGGAGGCUCAUCUGGCGAGAAGACCCGACAACCCCAGGGCUCUACGAGUACAAGGACACUCAAGACUUCGUGGGCCGCCACAGUGUCUCCGACCGGUCCUCUUGGGAAAGAGUCAAAGAGGAGCAGCUCGCAGACGAGAAAAGCUGGGAGGAUGCCUUGGGAGGUGCCUUUCUUCGCAAGGUGUCCUUGUCAAAGGGUCUCGGCAAGGGAAGUGCCGACCAGGGCGAGACUUCCUUUGCAAAAGGGCACGGCAAGGCGACUGCCAAGGCCAAGACCAAGGCCAAGGCCAAGGCUAGGGCCUUGGCUCUCGAGGAUGGCCAGGCCGACGACCCCCCCACAAAGGAGGAGCAGGCCAAAGAGGCCUUGGCAAAGGCUCGCAAGAUGAGAGACCUCAUCUCGUCGACCACAAGCAACCUGGAAGAGGCCUUGACAAAGGCCAAGGGCUCCCAGUGGGUUUCGCAGGGCCACAUCAGCGAAGCCAAUGCCAUCCUCAAGUCCUUGGAGAGGGAGAUGCAGCAGAUGAAGCAGCACAUCGCCGACCCGAAUGUGGAUGUGCAGGAAUUGAAGAAGGCCAUGCUCGGCUCGGCAGCUGUGGUCAAGGAGGCCAAGGAUGAGGUCAGGGAGAUCAUGAGUCUCUCCAGCAAAGCAUCCUCGAGGGCAAGCGGGGCGAAGACUAUGCCAUGUGCAAGCCCCUUUGGUUCAAACCGUGUUCCUUUUACAAGAAGAUCCCUUUUGCAAGGGAAUUUCAUGCCGCCGGUCGGUGCCAAACGGCUUCGUGGAUGGCAGCUGGACAUAGAAGCUGGAAGAGCCGAGCAGUCCCACCUUGAGAAAGGUGAGCAGCCAACACACAGUGCUUUGGCAGGUGCACUGCUGGCACUCUGGAGCCAUGGCAAGCUCUCGGCCACCAUGCUGCAGUGGCUGGCUAUGCAGGCUGUGCUUGAUGGAGCUCAGCACGAGGAGCUGGCAGCCAUGGCCAAGACCGGGGCCUAUGGGUCAAGUCCUGGCAACUGCCACCGCGAUUUGAUGACCCGGUUCUGCAAGGACAUGCCCUUGACAAAGGGCAACGUGGUCUCGGUUCCUGCAGUAGACCCGAAGACCAGCAAAACUGUGCAGGUCGAUGCCACAGUUUUCCUGCCACAUGUUCUUUUCUCGUCUCUCGACGACUACGACAUGUUCCCCGACCUCUUCGGCUUGGCGAAUUUGGAAAAGUUCUGGAGUCUUGCAGAGAAGACGGGUGACGACAGGCUGAAACAACACCCCUUGUUAAAGGGGCCUGGCUGGAAGGAGAAGACUGUGCCACUUUUCGUGCACGGUGAUGCUGCCGAGUUCCAGUCCCGAGAUUCGCUCAUGAUCUGGUCCUUUGGGUCUUUGUUGUGUGGCCUUUCUUCUUUGCUGUCUCACUUCAUGCUGGCAUGCUUCCCGAAGUCUUGCUCCACUGCAGGUACCUGGGAUGCCAUCAUGAAGUGGGUGGCGUGGAGCUUCGAGGCCCUUGGCAAAGGGCAACACCCGACCCAUGACCCGGAGGGCAAUCCCUUGAAAAAGGGUUCUCCAUUUUUCGAGAGCAGGGGCCAGCCCUUGACAAAUGGCGGCUACAAGGGUGUUAUCUGGAGCAUUCAGGGCGACCAGGAAUUUUUUUCCAACACCCUCGGCCUCCCGCAUUGGCGAAAUGCGAGCCCCUGUUGGCUGUGCGAUGCAAAGCUCAGCACAGACAAGCCUGAAAAAUCUGUGAAGACCUUGGACAUUUGUAAGCAGGACUACUGCUUCACCACGAACCGGCAGGCGAUGGAGAGUCCUCGAAGCAAGCACCCACUCUUCGGCUUGCCAGGGUGCUCGUCGCACAUGGUCCGUGGUGAUGCACUACACAUCCUAUUCUGUAAGGGUGUCUACAGCCACUUUUUAGGCUCCGUUCUGCACUACCUUUGCUGGUACCCCUCCCUUGCAAAAGGGAAGGCCUCUGGGAAAGGAAAGGGCACUGCUUGCAAAUCCCCAGCUGAACGUUUAGCACUGAUUUUCGAGCUCAUCCAGGCUAAGUACAAGGCACUGGGCUCGUCAACCCGCUUGACCAACCUCAAGCUCUCGAUGUUCGUUGACAAGCAAAAGCCUCAUCAAAGCCCUCCUUUCCUGGAGAUCAAAGGCGCGGAGGGCAAACACCUCCUGCCUGCACUUGCGAAAGUGUGUCAGGAAGGCCUUCUCGACGAAAAAAUCCCUUGCGAAAGGGAGAUGUCCAGAGCCUUGAGGGCCAUGGACAAGCUUGUCCAGCUCUGGGACAUGUCCGACAUGUUCUUGUCUCACAAUGAUUUUGUAAAAAAUCUGGAGUUUGCAUCUGAGUUUUUGCAAGCCUAUGAAGCUCUUUCACAGUGGGCUCAGGAGCAUGAGAAGCUUCUUUUCCACACCGUUAUGAAGCAUCACAUGCUCAUGCAUUUGGCCCGAGGUGCAAAGCACCUGAAUCCUCGGAGCCACUGGUGCUUUAAGAGUGAAGACUUUGUUGGCCGGGUUGCUGCACUAACACAUAGUGUCAGCAUGGGGGUGAAAUCCACCAACCUUUGCAAAAAGGUUGCGCCCAAAUACCGGAUUUUGCUGCACAUGCUUCUGACUCGUGAAGGGUUCGACCAGAUGCAGAGGCAAGUGCAGCCUGUCCAGGACGAUUGA